AUGAAAAAGACAUUCAGAAAUAUUUUUAAUCGAUUGUCAUAAAAAAACGAAGAUUCUUUUGAUGAACUAAAUUUAAUAAUAAGUACAAUGUCUAGAAUGCUCAAAGAUUAUAAACUCAAUCCAGAGGAAGUUUAGCAAAACUCAAGAGUAAUAUGUUAAGAAGAUUCAAAGAAAUUCAUAGAGAACAGGAAAAGGAGUUUCAAAUUGAAAGUACUAUUUGACAGCAUAAAUAGUAAGCAAUGAACAAAANAAAGACAUCUCCUUAAGCUAGUGAAAUUCUCACUGAUCAAACUGUUAAUAAAUAUUGGAAGGCUCAUGAGGGUUUGGAACAUCAAGAACCUGGCAGAAAGGGAUCACAUGAUGACAUCCAUAAACAUCAAGUUGAUCACCAUGAAUAAGUUAAAUAAAAUGAAUAAUAACAUGAAUAAUAACAUGAAACUUCAGAAAAAGAUGCUGAGAAAUAGUAGGUUGAAACACAUGAGAACUUGAAAGUUGAAGUUUAAGAAGUUAAAGUUGAAGAAAUAAAUUCACCUGAAGAGCAAUAACAAUAAGGAGAAUAACAAUUAGAGUAAUAAGGAGAAAAAUAAGAAGAAUAAUAAUUAGAGUAAUAAGGAGAAAAAUAAGAAGAAUAAUAAUUGGAGUAAUAAGGAGAAAAACAAGAAGAAUAAUAAUAGGAGUAAUAAGGAGAAUAAUAAUAAGCAUAAGAAGAAUAAUAAGAAUAAUAAAAUAAAUAAGAAGAGUAGGAAGUAAUCAGUUGA